AUUGACUGCGACGACGCCUAUUGGUGGAUGUUCUGCGGGGGUGCAUGAGUUAAGCCAAUGACACGCCCUCGUUUUCGUUGCAUGGCAACGCAUUCGCUUGUAAGUGUUUUCGUUCAAGGUUGUGCUGCAUCAAUGUAACGACGUGCCACGGUAGGACACUUUAUUACGCAAAUAAUCUGGAAAAGAUGUAUCAAUCCGUGCCGAAUCCCGGGAAAUGAGGCUGACAAACCUCACGAGUGCUUUUGAAUGCCGAAAGAUACGCAAACACAUAGGCAUUAUUGACUACAAUGUCUCCUUCAAGACUCUACACGGCAUCAGUCAUGCCCCCUCUGCCUUUAAGCUCUUUCAGCGUCUCAAGCAACUUCUGCACGGAAGAGAAUGUCUCUGAGUGCAUACUAUACAUCAAUCAGGAGUUGUCGUCCCUGUGCUUUCCACCAAUUUUCCAAAACUCAGACAACAUUCGUGAUCUGGAUGCUGUGGUUGCCCUAAACAACAUAUAUGACUUGCUUCAGCUGCACCGUCGAGCUGUUGGGAUGAUGGAGGAGAUGGAGGUGGAGCAGCUGAAGUCCAGCAGUGACCUCCACUACCAACAUCUCACCAACUCCAGGCUAAAGGACCAGCUUGAACUUUCGAAAAAGGAAAACAUGCGCUUGCAUGAGCGAGAGCGUCAGCUGGAAACAAAUUUAAAGUCUUUGCAAAACUGCCUAAAAGAUACAAAAGAAGAGGUACAAAGGCUGCAGGGUAUCAUUGCAAGUCGUGCCACACAAUACAACCAUGACAUUAAGAGAAGAGAAAGGGAGCACAACAGAGUAAAGGAGCGCCUCAAUCAACUGCUCAUUGCCAAAAAGGAAAAUAAGCAAGGAAUGGAAGUUUUGAAUUAUGUUGGAAGGUCGGAUGGUAGGAGAUGUCUUUGGAAAACUGGAAAAACUGAAUCCAGACAUGAGGGAGAUAUGUACAAAACUCUUCUCAAUGAAUUUGAUAACCGUCAGAGGGAGCUAAUGGUGGAAAACAUAGAGCUGAAAAAGGUGCUUCAGCAAAUGAAACGAGAAAUGGUGGGGGUUUUAAAUUCAAAGGAGAUGAGCCAAAAGAAAGAGAAGCAAAGCAAUGAUAUUGAUCAGUCAACUCUGCAGACAAAUUCUGAUGAAGAUGAACUUUUGAAAGGACAUCCUGAGAUGUCAUGUGAUCAUGCUCGGGAGAAACUCACCAACAGCAUUCGUCAGCAGUGGAGGAAACUCAAGCACCAUGUUGAGAGAUUAGACAGCCAAGCAUCCAUGGUGCAAGAUGGAGACAGUGAAGAGGUUAUCUCCAAACAGCUGCAUGAAGAGGAGAUGGAGAGGCUCAAACUAGAAAUCCAGCAGUGCAAAGAGUUUAUUCAGACUCAACAGCAACUUCUCCAACAACAGCUCAACACUCCCUGUGAUGAGGAGACUGCAGCUGUUCUGAAUGAUUCCUACAUGCUGGAAGAGAAGGAACGCUUGAAAGAAGAGUGGAAAGUGUUUGAAGAACAGAGGAAAAAUUUUGAAAUGGAAAGGAGAAAUUUCACAGAGGCUGCCAUCAGAUUGGGCCACGAGAGGAAAUGUUUUGAGGAUGAUCGUGCAAUGUGGCUCAAACACCAGUUUCUUAACACAACAUUUGCAGACCAGAUGAAACCACAAAGUCGCAUGGCUGAUGAAUUUUCAAAGCAUUCUGGUCGUGAAGAGAAGCUCAUUUCAAUUUCUGGCAAGGUGAGCAAAUCUCAUCUGUAGUCUCAUCCAUGGAACUGCUUGCAGAUGAACCUUCUGAUUUUUUUUCAACACCAGAGGAGAGAUACCAGGAACCAAUAUAAAUGUGAAUGAAGUCUGCAAGUAUCUUUAUGAAGAACUUUCAGCUUAUGGACUUGAAUAUUAAAGGGGUGGUUGAUUGUGA